AUGGCGCAGCAACACAACAAUACACUAUGGCGCAGCAAAAACAAAUACACUAUGGUGCAGCAACACAAGAACAUACCUGCGGCGCAGCAACAGCAACACACUAUGACGCAGCAACACAAACAACACACUAUGGCGCAGCAACACAAGCAACAUACUAUGGCGCAGCAACACAAGCAACACACUAUGGCGCUGCAACACAAGCAACACACUAUGGCGCAGCAACACAAGCAACACACACUAUGGCGCUGCAACAAGCAACACACACAAGCAACACAAGCAACACACUAUGGCGCAGCAACACAAGCAACACACUAUGGCGCCUCAGGGUUUACUGCACUGCUACUUCACUCUGAAUAG